AUGUCUACACAAGAUAUUCAUAAACUUUCAUCUGUAUUACGAUCAAUUGAAAUAAUUGAAGAAAAAACAAAUAUAUUACAGUCUGAAUAUACAACAUCAAUAAAUGAAAAUGAUAAUCUACAUCCAACAAUUAUUGAUGAUACAAAUAUUCAUUUACAAAUAUUUUUUCAACAUUUUGAACAAUUAUUACAAAUUGAUUUAAAAAAUCGAAUAUCAUUAUUAAAUAAUAAUAAUAAUAAACGAAAUUAUUGGAAUUUUUUUUCAGUUGCAUUAAAAGAAAGUAAAGCUUUAUAUGAUACCGUAUUAUAUGUUCUUAAUAGUCAAGAAGUAAAAACUUCUGUUGGUCGUGGACGUUUAUUUCUUCGUUUUUGUUUACAAAAUCAUCGUUUAGGUGAUGUUAUACAACAAAGUUUUAUGACGACAAAAAUUGUUAAUCAAUUUUAUAUUGAUGAAUCUUUUUGGACAGUACCAAAAUAUGUAGAUCGUAUUAUUCAAGCAUUAUAUCAAUUAAAUGAUCUUCGAUAUGAUCUUCUUUCAAAUUCACAAUAUCAACUUGAUGUUUGUUGGCCAACAACAGAAUCACUUGAAAAUCGUUCAAAAACAAUAUCGGAUCCUGUAUCAAGAAUGAGAACUAAUAGUGUAUCAAGUUUUUUAUCAAUGAAUAGUGUUGAUUCUCAAUCACACAUUUCAAUUGUCCCAGAGAUUUCAGCUUCAAUUCCAAUUACAGCAACAUUAUUUCGAGUAUUAUAA